AUGAAUUUGCUAACAAUUGUUUGUAUUGCUGCUUGGUCGCAGGUUGCUACCAGUUAUGUAAUUGUGAAUCGUGAUCGUGAUUAUUACAAAGCAAAUCAACCAUCGUUUGGAAACGCACCGGCACUACCAGAUGGGCCACUUUCGAAUGUACCGAUUGAUCCAUACGAGAAGAAGCUGCUCGAGCUGUACUAUUUAGUGCAGGUUAUCCGUUCCUAUCACCGGCCCACAUACCAAGAGCCCACCACCAUACUGAGCAAUCUGAUCGAUCGCUUAACGAAGGAAGAAUUGCGCGAUGAGUUAGAGCAAUUGCUAUCCGGUGUCGAUGGUUUUGAGGAGGUGUUCAACAUUGGCGAGUACGCCGUACGCGAUCCAAUCAAGGAACAGCUGGCGAACGAUUUCCGACUCCUGUUCCCGAUCGUGGCAAAGACGCUAAGCGGACUGCGUGACACUGGUGGCGAAAGUGACGAGAUGGAGGGCACGCUUCAGAGCAAGAUACGGGAAGCUUUUAACGAUUUCCGGGGCCUUCUGUUGAGUGUGGUGCAGUCGGAGAGUGAAGUGUUUAAUGAAAUCGAAGAGCUGCAAGCCCCGAUUGCACACAAACCGGUGCAAAACGAUGUACACUCGAGCGCGGAACGUGGACGAUCGGAAAAUGCGCCAACCGUGGAAGAAAUUGUUUACGUGACGCAAAUGCCUGCUGCAUCGAACAGCGCGGUGGUGAACGAUUACGAUUUGGAAGUGGAACACGUUGAGCCAAGCACUAAAGCUGUAACGGAAGGCUUAGCAACUGAAGUACCGUUCGAUUUGCGACUGCUUAGUGACAAACAGCUUGAGUUUCUGCCCGACGGAAGUGAUGUGAGGUACGAACUGAGCAUGGGACCAGAUUUACUUUCGCAGGAGCAAGACUCCGACGAAGAGGAUGACGAAACGGAGCUGAUUGUGCUGACGGAAGACGCCAAUUUGCAUAAAACGCCAGCCGUGAGGGGCGAAGUGGCAGGUAGCGGACCGAUGGCAGUGUUGGUAAAGGACCCGGAAAUGGCCGCACUGAUUCCGCACAUUAUCGAGCAACUGCGCAUGGAGAAUGUAACACCGGAGGAAAAGGAUGCGUUGGCUGAGAUCUUCGAAGAGCUGUGGCCUCUGAUGGUGACCGAAGCGGAUCGUUUGCGCACGGAUCCGUAG